AUGCGUAUCAGUCGCCUUGAAAGCACAAAGCCGAAGAAUGAAAAACGUAUCGAGACUGUGGAAGGCGUCGCGCAAGCUGUUUACAAACGGCGGAAAGAUAUCGCGAGAUUCUCCGGUGCUCAGGUGGACGAGACUGGCAUCGGCAUUGGAGAGGAUUCCGUUCCUGUCGAAUCAUCGGAUCGCGACUGGAUGUUCAUGCCAGUGUUGUUCAUCUGUGCAUUCACCAUCACAGCACUCGUCUCAGUCCUCGCAGUGCAUAUGGUGAAGCAUCGUCGCUUUUACGCCAGCAACCUCAUGAGCGGCGGGCUUGAUGUAGAAGGAAAGAGCAAUAUGACGUAUCAGGAUCUCUGCCGUCAGCGAAUGACCCAGGACUCAGGGUCAGGACGCGGCAGUAAAAGCUCUUCGACGUCCAGUUGGUGCGAAGAAGCUGUGGCUCAGUCAAGUAUCGAUAUCUCAACUGGUCAUGUGAUUCUGAACUUCCUCCAAGAAUGUUUGGCGGAUCCAACGAAGAUCGAAUCCCAGUGGGAUACCAUUCGUGAUUACCGUAAUCCGGACAAGCAUGCAACCAUUGGUGCCCAGCAUGCUAAUCGCAACCGAAGCGUUGUGCCGUGUGAGUCACCAUUCCGAUUAGCGCAUUGA